AUGAAUGAAGAAGAAGAAAUUUUCAUUCAAGAUACAUCAGUUCGACCAGCAAGAGAAAAGACUUGUGCUCCAUGUUGUGUUAUAUUUAGUUUAUUGAUUACGCCUAUUAUUUGUGUCAUUGCAAUCUAUCUAACAAGCAAUAAAGAUGUGUCAACGUUGAAAUAUGAUUCCUUAUGGUUUUCGUCAGCGGGCAGUGAGUCAUGCAUUCGUUUAAUGGAUAUCAAUGGAGAUGGUCUUGAUGAUAUUAUUGUUGCCUUAACUGAAGUAACAGUAAUCACAGCUAAUUUACAAAACAAUACGAAUCGUUCAGCUUUUUGUGAAUCAAUAAAUGUAGAAUCACCUUGUAUUGGUAUUGUAUACGGUAUACGCGGUUAUGAUUUUUCUAUCCUAUGGUCAUUUCGAGUUAAAGCAUCGAUAUUCGAAAUCGUGUGCGAUAUUAUCGAUGUUAACAAUGAUGGUUAUAGAGAUUGUAUUGGUUCUGGACGACAAGGUACAUUGGUUGCAUUCGAUCCUCGCCUUGGUAAACCAUUUUGGGACAAUAGUACAAUAAAAACAAGGCAUUCAUUAUGGAAUUUCUAUAAUCCAGUUAUUCUUCCCGUUGAUGUUGAUCAAGAUCAUAUCAAUGAUUUUCUUAUUUCCCAUGGUGGUAAUCCUACAAUUCCAUCAGAGAUACACGAACGUGAUGCUGGUUGUUUAUUGAUUAUUUCGAGUCGAACUGGAAAUCAAAUUGGUGAACCAUUUUGGAUGCCAGAUAAAAAAGAAACAUACAUGUCACCGGUUUUAUAUGGCAACUCUACUAUACUUUUUGGUACAGGUGGUGAAACAGUACCAGGCGGAUUGUAUAGUAUAUCGAUUGAUAAUAUAAUAAAACAAAACAAUCAAUAUCUAACGAUAUUUAAAUCAUUUGAAAAAGGCGUGAUGGUACCACCGAUUGUUGUUGAUGUUGAUCAAGAUGGAAUCGAUGAUAUACUCGUCAGCUGUUUUGAUGGAACAUUAGAAUUAAUUAAUGGAAGAACAAUGAAACCAAUAUGGACAAGAAUAUUUCCGAGGUUUGAAUUCUACGCUACGCCAGCACCCGGUGAUUUUAAUAGUGAUUCAUUUGUUGAUUUUAUGUUAAUACUUAAUUAUGGUGAAUGGGAUCGAUACGAUUACAGUGAAACAUUAGUGAUUGAUGGUUUGACAGGUGAAACAUUGUGGAAAAAAAAUAGCACGUUCGGCGAAUUUACAUCUCCAUUAACUUUACAAAUGACUAAACAUGGCAAAUAUCAAGAUAGUUUUAUUUAUCGACAACGUGGCGAAACAGCAGAAAAGUUUUAUUCUAAUAAAACAACAUCGUCGAUCUUAUUUCAUGGUAUUGGACUGCAAGAUGGCGAGAUUCAUAAAAAUGAAAAUCUAAUUUCAUCGGCGACAAAUUAUUCUUGUGAUCAAUUCAGAUUAGACGAUUCUAUUGUGAAUAUAUAUUUAACAAAUAUUAAAGAAACUCAAUUAAUCGCUGUUAUAUAUCCUCCUAUGAAUAAUGAAAAUAAUCUUUGCAGUAAUUUUGAACCUAUGGAACGAUCUGGAGGUUCUAUUGGCGAUCUCAAUGGUGAUGGUAUUUUAGAUACAGUUGAUAUUACAACAUUUAUUUCAAAAUUAACAUCACAUAACUUAGACAAUUUCGCUGUACAUUCACUUCUAACAAGAUUUUCAUUGAAUAUUAACAAAGUCGAACAUCAAAUAAUAGCAAACUAUGAAAAAGACAUUUUUAAUAGAACAAUUGAUCAAAAUCUUAUUGAUUUAUUAAUGCGAACGAUUUCAUUUCCAACACAAUCGAUUAAUAAUAAUAAAGAUUUACAAAUGAUUGCAAAGCAAACAUGGAAUAGUUAUUUAGGUCGAUUUUCGGACAGUCAUUACUAUCGAAAGAUUUAA